AUGGGGAAACUCAUUCGGCUGGAGCUUUUCAAUUUCAAGUCUUACAAAGCACACCAUGUCCUCCUAUUCGGAGAUGCGUAUUUUACGUCAAUAAUCGGACCCAACGGGUCUGGAAAAUCCAAUUCGAUGGAUGCUAUAUCCUUCGUGCUAGGAAUUAAAUCGUCACACCUACGAUCAACCAACCUCCGCGAUCUUGUUUACCGUGGCCGUGUGCUGCGAACAUCCAAGGUGGAUGGAGAACCUGCUAUUAACGGAGAGAGUGGCCAAGAAGAGGAUGAGGAUGAUAAUAUGGAUACACAGGAUGCGACUCAGAACGAUCCCAAGACCGCCUGGGUCAUGGCUGUCUACGAAGAUGAUGCUGGCGAGGAGCAGCAAUGGCGUCGCUCCAUCACCAGCGCGGGUGUCAGCGAGUACCGUAUUAAUAACCAGAUCGUAACCGCCCAGCAGUAUAACGAGGCAUUGGAAGAAGAGAACAUCUUGAUCCGCGCACGCAAUUUCCUCGUGUUCCAGGGAGACGUCGAGGCGAUUGCGUCACAGUCCCCGAAAGAUCUCACUCGAUUGAUUGAACAGAUCUCGGGCAGCUUGGAAUACAAGGCAGACUACGAAAAGCUGAAAGCAGAGGCGGAGGAGGCUGCAGAUCAGCAGACUGUCCAGCUCAAUCGUCGACGUGGAAUAAAUUCUGAGGUGAAGCAAUACCAGGAGCAAAAGCGGGAAGCCGAACACUACACGAAAAAGGCCGAAGAACGCGACCAAGCCAUUAUUACUCAUAUCUUAUGGAAACUUUUCCACUUCCAGCGUUUGAUUGAUGCAUCUAGUGCGGACAUCCAAAAGUAUCAGGAUGAGCUCAAGGAGUAUCGCCGUGGCGUGGAGGAGUUUGAGCAGAAUACUGAAGAUGCAAAGAAGGAGUACGCCCGUGUUGGCCGCGAUGUUAGCAAGGCAGAAAAGAACAUUGUGAAAAUGGAGAAGGAAAUCGAAGAGCUCGAAACUUCCCUGGUACCCAUCGACGAAAAGGUCGCCAUCACCCAGAAAAAAGUUGAGCGCUAUUCUUCGAAGAUCGCUGAGAUCGACAAAGAGCGUUCUUCGCAGUCAAGCAACGCCAAGCAGCUCGAGAAAAACCUGAAACUUGUGGAGAAGGCACAGACUCAAUGGGAAACAGAAUGGCAAAAGACCAUGAACAAGAAGGGUGGGCAGCUCGGCGAAGCUGAUCAGCAGGAAUACCACAAGCUCAGAGAAGAGGUCAGCAAGCGUUCAUCGGCGGAUCAGCUCAAUCUCGACAAUCUUCGGCGACAAAGGAAGACUGAAGCCGAAGCUGUGAAUAGCCUAAAGGGCAAAUUUGAAACUACCGAAUGGCAGCUCAAAACUCUCGAGACUGACGCCCAAAACAUGAAAGAGCGAAAGGUAUCUCUCAACGACACUAUCAAGACCACCUCGAAGGAAAUUGAUAGCAAGAAGAAGGAACUGAAUGCUCUGACUUCGGAGCGUUUGAAGGUCUCGCAGAUGAGAACGGAGUUCGAAGAGAAGCUCCAGGUUGUGUUACGGAAACUACUCGAAGCAGAUGACGGCAAGAAGCAAAACGAGCGGCAAAUUCGCGCCAAGGAGCUGAUCUCUACCCUGAAGCGGAUCUUCCCUGGUGUUAAAGGCCGUGUCAGUGAUCUCUGCAAGCCUAAACAGCGCAAAUACGCCGAGGCAGUUAGCACCGUUUUGGGCCGCCACUUUGAUGCAAUCGUCGUCGACAAUGAAAAAACCGCCAAGGAAUGCAUUCAGCAUCUUCGUGACCAGCGUGCAGGCCAAGCCACUUUCAUUCCCCUCGAAACAAUUCAGGUCAAAGCCUUCAACUCAAACCUGAAGGGUAUGCACCGCGGUAUGCGUCCUGCGAUCGAGACAAUAGACUACGAUGACUCUGUUGCACGAGCCAUCAGUUAUGCCUGUGGAAACUCCAUUGUCUGUGACGAUUUAGCCACAGCCAGGUAUCUCUGCUACGAGAGAAAUGUGGAUGCAAAGGCAGUCACAUUGGACGGUACUGUUAUUCAUAAGGGUGGUCUGAUGACUGGUGGACGAGGCGCUCAGAACAACUCCAAGCGCUGGGAAGACUCCGAAGUCGAGAAUCUUUAUAAGCUUAAGGAUAAGCUGAUGUCCGAUUUGUCCAAACUCCCGAAGAGUCAUCAUCGGGGCUCCGAGGAGGAGACUCUACAGGGCGAGUUGGUCGGUCUCGAGCAAAGACUCAACUACUCUCGAGAGGAGCUGAAGGCGCUUGAAAGAAACCUCCAGAGCAAGCGUAGCGAGCUGGACUUUGUCAAGAACCAGAUGGAAGACCUGCGCCCCAAAUACACUGAGCGGAAAGAGAACCUCGAUGAGCUAGACGAGACCAUCGAAAAUACUCAGAUCUCAGUCAGUACCGUAGAAGAUGAUAUUUAUCGCAAGUUCUGCGAGCGACUCGGAUAUGAAAACAUUCGUGAAUACGAAGCCCAGCAAGGUUCAUUGCAGGAAGAAGCUGCGCAGAAGAAACUCGAGUUCACAACCCAGAAGAGUCGUAUCGAGAACCAGCUGAGCUUUGAAAAGCAGCGAAUCCAGGCAACGGAUGACCGAAUCCAAAGUCUCAAGGCUCAAUACGAGCGUGACAUGAGCUUGGUCGAAGAGCUGAAGGGCGAACAGCAGGAGAUCAGGGAGAAGUUGGACCACUGCAGUGCCAAGCUUGAACUUUUGCACGAAAAGCUUGCGGAACAGAAGGAACUCUAUGCACAGUCUGCUGAUAAUUUGGCUGAGCAACGAAGAGAGCUUCAGAAGCGCAGCAGACAGGUUGAAACCGACUUGAAAAAUAUUAAUGCUCUUGAAGCCGAAAUUCAGCGGAAUUCGUCAAGUCGGUAUGCGCUCCUGCGGCGUUGCAAGCUUGAGGACGUUGAUCUUCCGUUGACUGAAGCUUCUAACUCCCUCGAUAAACUUCCGAUCGAUGAUUUGAUGCAGGCCGAUCCGGAUGCGAUGGAUGUAGAUGAAGCUGAUGAAAUGGAUCAAAGUCCUAUGGUGCAGGACUAUGGAAUUGAGGUCGAUUUCGAUUCUCUCGGUGAAACUCUUAAAGAGGAGGCUGAUGACAAGCUCGAAGAAGAAUUGUUGGAGAAGGUUCGUAUUCUUAACAACGAGCUUGACAAGAUGGCACCAAAUACUCGGGCACUGGAGCGUCUGGAAACUGUCGAGAACAAGCUUCGCAGUACUGAAAAGGACUUCGAAGAUGCACGUAAGCAUUCUCGGAAGGCCAAGGAAGGCUUUGAGGCUGUGAUGAAACGGCGCUCCGAUAUUUUCAAUAAGGCUUUCUCGCACAUUUCCGAGCAAAUUGGCCCGAUCUACCGUGAACUCACACGUAGUGCCAAUUAUCCCCUGGGUGGACAAGCAUAUCUGGAUAUUGAAGAUUCAGAUGAGCCCUACCUUGACGGCAUUAAGUAUCACGCUAUGCCGCCGCUGAAACGAUUCCGUGACAUGGAGCACUUGUCAGGUGGUGAAAAGACCAUGGCAGCCCUCGCUCUGCUGUUUGCAAUCCACUCAUACCAGCCGUCUCCCUUCUUCGUGCUAGAUGAGGUCGAUGCUGCUCUUGAUAACACCAAUGUGGCCCGAAUUGCAAACUACAUCCAGGACCACGCCGCACCUGGAAUGCAGUUCAUUGUCAUCAGUUUGAAGGCCGGACUCUUCCAGAACAGUGAGGCAUUGGUUGGAAUCUACCGAGACCAGGUGGAGAACAGCAGCAAAUCUUUGACGCUUGAUCUCCGCAAAUACACCUGA